AUCAAAUGACGUGUUUUAUAUGAUCAUGUUGUCCGUGAAUGUCUAUCUUAUUUUAACUUUUCGCCUCUAACCUGAAGAACUACAAAUAAACAAUAAUCAACAAAGCAACAUUGAGGAAAAUCUAUACAUUAAUUAUCCAUAUCAAUUUAAAUAUAUAGUUAAAUUCAUAAUGGAUGUAUUUUUAAUGAUUCGACGAAAAAAUAUAACGAUAUUUACUGACGCCAAGGAUAAUACGACAGUUUUUGAACUUAAAAAAAUUAUAGAAGGUAUAUUGAAAAUACCACCUGUGAAUCAACUGCUGUUUAACAAGGAUAAUGUUCUAAUGUCAGAUAAUAAAUUUUUAUCUGAUUAUCGACUAACAUCAGCAACUGCAAAACCACAGUGUCCUGCAUUAGUAGGAUUAGCUAUACGCCAAGAAAAUGGUCAAUUCGAAUCUUUAGAAAUGACACCAUUCUCAUUACCACCUGAUCUACCAGAUGUUAUGAAAUCUCAGGAAAUCAAUGGACAAGAACAGUCACCAUGAAACAUUAUGAACCAACUGAUGAUAAGGUGUUGAAUUCAAUAUAAUUUUAUAAUUGUCAAAUAUUUCUAAAAAAGGAUAACAGCUUAAAUAACAUGAUACGAAUAUUAGGUACAUAC